AUGACUAGCGCGGAUCUUUUCGGCACGCGCGACUUCCUGAAAAACGAGUACAUCAAGAGGCUUGGAGGGGCCAAGCUUGGAAUCUACGGGAACUCCCGUGAGGAGGCCUUCUACCCGCUCUACAAGACCUUGGACGGGCAAGCUUUGGAUGCUUCGAAAAGUUCCUACAAGCUGGUCUUGAGCAAGAAGGAUCAAGAGAUUCCCAAGGCGUUCUGGUCUUUGACGAUGUACGACGGCGUCUCGCAGCUGCUAGUCGAAAACCCACUCAACCGCUAUCUGCUGAACAGCGCUAUGCUUCCUUCCAUGAAGGUCGCAGAAGACG